ACCCUACCGCCUUGGCCCCCCCGUCUGUCUCAGCCUGUGGCUGCCCUCCGGCCAGCAUGGUGCAGCCGCAGACGUCCAAAGCCGAAAGCCCGGCCUCGGCGGCGUCUUCGGCCGCCCAGAUGGAUGACGUGAUCGACACCCUGACCUCCCUGCGCCUCACCAACUCGGCGCUGAGGCGCGAGGCCUCUACCCUGCGGGCGGAGAAGGCCAACCUCACCAACAUGCUGGAGAGCGUGAUGGCCGAGCUGACCCUGCUACGCACCAGGGCGCGCAUCCCGGGAGCGCUGCAGAUCACCCCGCCCAUCUCUGCGAUUGCCUCGAAUGGGACUCGACCCAUGACCACACCUCCAACCUCUCUGCCUGAGCCCUUUUCCGGAGACCCGGGCCAGUUGGCCGGGUUCCUGAUGCAGAUGGACAGGUUCAUGAUCUUCCAGGCCUCUCGCUUCCCAGGCGAGGCCGAGCGCGUGGCCUUCCUGGUGUCCCGACUGACGGGGGAGGCAGAGAAGUGGGCUAUCCCCCACAUGCAACCUGACAGCCCCUUGCGAAACAACUAUCAGGGGUUCCUGGCCGAGUUGCGGAGAACCUACAAGUCUCCACUCCGGCAUGCACGGCGUGCCCAAAUCAGGAAGACUUCUGCCUCGAACAGGGCCGUCCGAGAGAGGCAGAUGCUUUGUCGCCAGCUGGCAGCCACAGGCACUGGGCCUUGCCCUGUGCACCCAGCUUCAAACGGGACUAGUCCAGCUCCGGCCCUGCCCACCCGAGCUCGGAACCUUUAAGAAUCUGCCACCUCCUUGGUUGCAUCCGCAGCCACCCGGGUAGUGUAGGCUCUUUGCUGUGUAGAAGAAAUGUGCAUACAGCAGCAUCACCCCUGUUGAAGACGUUCCUUCCUGCCUCACCAGACCUGUUCCAUGAGGAGACCUUCCUUCCAUCCCUGCUGGCGCCCUGGUUAUGCACCUGCUGUGCUUCCUGUAUGUGCUGGCUUCAUACCUGCAGCUCACUGCAUGCGCCCCUCCCUCUUGCUUGUACUCCCAACUCUUCCGGUGACUAUAGCCCUGCUAUUUAGGCACACCCACUCCUCAGCACACGCUGGACCGCAUGGGCUGGCCCCUCCCAGCCCUUGGUCCCUGGAUGCUCCUACUCUUGUCCUCUGCAGGCCCCCAUGACCCUCCUCUCCUGGUUGUCCCGUUCUCAACUGCUGAGCUCUGGACAGAAGGACGCUAGUUUGGCUAGGCUGGUGGCUUGGUGGGUGUACCUGGAGAGGGUCUGCUUCCUGCCCACAGAUGACCACCGGCCUGCCAGGGCCCAGUGUAGUAGGCAGGGGCCUCCUCCCUGCUGUGAGUGGCCAGGUGGUCACAGCCAGGUUCAUAGUUCUAGCAUUUCUGGGGCAGCUUCGCUCUGCACGUGCGUCUGCAUCUAGUGCGCCCAUGGCUGUGAUACUGCAGCCAGGGGGAAUCCCUCAGAGAACGCGUCUCUGUCAGCUGCCAGUGUUCUGAUGGCACCCGGAAUUUGGGGAAUCUGGGGAAUCUGGAACUUGCCUGCUAAAUAAAGUCAGGGUGGCCUUCAGACCACCGAGCAGUUCCAUCAGGCUGUCACAGGCAGCAGGUUCAUGCAUGUCCAUGCCUGAGGGCCACAGCGGGCUGAGGGCUGGGCACUAGUGACUGGUGUUCAAUGCAAACACAGCCUAGGAAAGCCUGGCCACCUUCCCUGGUGUUCAUUAGCUGCUGGUGGUCAGUCAUCUCUGCCCCGUGUCAUUGUGGCUGCCCAGCUUGAGACCUGUUCCUGUCUCCAUUCAGAUGCCAUGUGGCCAUCUCUGCAGCCACUCAUGCCGUCUUUAGGUCUCCACAGCGCCAUGUAGCAUGCCCUCCCCAUGCCUGCGGUCAGAUGACCUGCCUUUGUGCAGGAGAAGACAGACUCCCUCUCAUACUUGGAGGCCUAGCUCCUCUGGGGCACAUCCGUAAGCACUUCAGGCAGGGGGUUGUGUGCCUCUGGCAACUCCAGCCAGUUCUCAGUGCCAUUUGUAAGGGCAAAGAGCUGUGGACUUUCGUGGUCUCAGUGUGGUUACAUGCAGAACUGGCACACAUGUCCUAGUUCUGAAAUACCUUGUGCUUCUUCACAGGGGGAUAAAGAAAACCUGAACUUGGCCCAACCCUUUGGACUG